AUGUCAAGAAACGUUUCUUUAACAUCUCUAGCCGAUUGUCUUUGUGGAUUAAUUUGCCUACUGGUGCAAACCGUGGACCAGAUUCACAGCUGGUUCUUGGCCAACGCUUGCGCCCAAAUGUGCCUGUUCACUGCUGGCAGAGGUAUGGCGCAAUUCGUAAUGAGCCUUUUGGAGCACGUUGUCCAUUCUGCUUAG